AAAAAAAACAAAACAGAACAAACGUUGACUGACUUUUUUGUACGGGCAAAUGAAUGAACCUUAUCCGUCCGUUGCUGUCGUCGAGAUCAACGAUAUGAAUGAAUUGGUUAUCGGUUUCCAAAGAUAUUGAAAACACGCGAUGAAAGAAGAUGGAGGAUCGGGUAACGAAGCAGAGGAUUGGCAAAAUAAACCCAUCAAGAAGAAGAUCUUUCAUCAGUCUCAAAGAUAUUCCUCCUCUCGAUCCAUCUUCUAUCCCCGCCCCCUCCUCCUCUCUGCCAAGAGAAAUGAUGAUUGUGCAAGAUGAUAAUGUGGGGAUGCAGAGUUUCGAUGAGAAGAGUGAGUUAAAGAAGCUUAUAGAUGUGAAUGAGGAGGAGGUUAAAGAAGACAAUGCCUUUUCUUCCUUCUCUAACAUUCAGAUUGAUCCUAACAGCACAAGAAGAAGUCUCAUAAGCAUUACACAAGACAAGAACCUUCUUCUUCCUAAACCAGAGGAAGAAAACACCACCAAACCGAUAUCUAAAGAUGAAUCUAAGAGAGGGUCAGCGAAAUCGGUAUUACACGAAAUAUGUGCUUCCAAGCGUUGGAGACCUCCGGUUUAUGAAUGCUGCAAAGUUGAUGGACCUUGUCAUAUGAGAUUCUUUACAUACAAAGUUGUGGUUGAGAUUAGAGAUUCUUCAGGGAAUACUGUUUUGGAGUGUUUUGGGGAUCCCAAACGUAAUAAGAAAGCUGCAGCUGAGCAUGCAGCGGAAGGAGCGCUUUGGUUUCUUCACCAUGCAAGGCAAAACCAGUCAAAGCCGGAUCAGUAAAUCAUCAUUUUGUCAGAUUAAUUUAUUGGAGAGAGUUUGGUAUAGUUUUAUCUACUUUUAACUAGGGAAGCUUAAACGAUAUCCUUAUCUAUGGGUUGUAGUAAUAGUUUUAAUCUGUGUCGAAACGAACUGCAAGUGAUUGUUUUAAUGAUUACAUUUUCUCUACUUUUUAUUUCAA